UCCCGCCGACACCUUCCCGCGGGCCGGACAGCGGAGCAGGGGAACGGCAGCAUCAGGCGGUGGCGGCCAGCAAUGAAGGCAUCAACAAUCACUCAUUCUUUUUGCGGGGUAACAGGUACUGCAAUGACUGCAGGAGUUCUGCUGCAAAAUGAACUACCCUAUUCCUCAUUGCUAGAGAGCAGUGUAUAUCUUGCAAAUAUGAGUUCAGGGAGCUCAAAGAGACCAACAGCCAAGUACACAAAAGUGGGGGAGCACCUUCGGCACGUCAUCCCCAGCCACGUCCAGUGCUCCGUAGCCUGCGGUGGACGCGCCUGCAAGUACGAAAAUCCUGCCCGAUGGAGCGACCAGGAGCAAGCCAUCAAAGGGCUCUACUCCUCCUGGAUAACAGAUAACAUAUUGGCUAUGGCUCGACCCUCAACAGAAUUAAUUGAGAAGUACAACAUUAUUGAACAGUUUGAAAGAUCUGGCAUAAAAACCAUAAUUAACCUCCAGCGUCCUGGGGAGCACGCGAGCUGUGGGAAUCCACUGGAACAGGAAAGUGGCUUCAGCUACCUCCCUGAGGCUUUCAUGGAGGCUGGAAUUUAUUUUUAUAAUUUUGGAUGGAAGGACUAUGGAGUGGCAUCUCUCACGACUAUCCUUGAUAUGGUAAAAGUCAUGGCUUUUGCCUUGCAGGAAGGGAGGGUAGCUGUUCACUGCCAUGCAGGACUUGGUCGGACAGGUGUUCUAAUAGCUUGCUACUUAGUUUUUGCAACAAGAAUGAGUGCUGAUCAAGCCAUCCUUUUUGUCAGAGCAAAAAGGCCAAAUUCUAUUCAGACUAGAGGGCAGUUGUUAUGCAUCAGAGAAUUCACUCAGUUUUUGGUUCCCCUGAGAAAUGUCUUUGCGUGCUGCGAGCCCAAAUCUCACACAGUGACGCUGUCCCAGUAUCUGACCCGUCAGAGACAUCUGCUCCAUGGUUAUGAGAGCAGGCACCUCAAACACGUGCCAAAACUCAUUCAUCUGGUUUGCAAACUCUUGCUGGACUUGGCUGAAAACAGACAAGUGAUAGAGGCAGAACUGUUAGAUAUACCAGACCUCACUGCUGAAAUUGAGAAGACUGUUUCUCAGCUGAUGUCCUCCCAGCUGGACAGUGAGCUGGGGAGGCAGGACAGUGACACCUCAGACUCCUCACACACCCACUCCUCCACUUGUGAGAACCAGGAUUCUCUUUUCUCCCUGGGACAUGAAAAUGAUCCUCUUUGGAAAAGAAGGAAUGCAGAAGGCCUGCAGCCUUUCACUCAUCACAGAAGGCGUCUAAGCUACAGUGACUCAGAUUUAAGGAGAACAGAGUUUCUUUUAGAACAAGGAGAAACUGCAUGGACAGUACCUGCUCAGAUACUGAAGUGCAGCAAGGAUAAGCAGAACAGUGAGGAAUUGUCUGCCACAGAGGAACAAAAACCACAGUUGGAUUUGAACAAAGAAGCACUAGUGCGUAAUACGUGCAUGUUCUGGAGUCAGGGGAAAUUUAAUUUGGAUGGACAAAAAGGUGGAUCCUCACUUUAUCCCAGAAGGAACUCUGUCAGAGAAGUACAACGCAGCAGAACCUUUUCUUCAGGUCUAGCAUCUGUCCACAGUACCAGGGAACCUGGAAUGCCAAGUCAUAAUUUUAGCACUGAGGUUGGUCACAGGAAGGACCACAAGACUCACAUGUACAGCAGAAGGUGCUAUGUCUCCGAGGACUCUGAUUCUUCUUCUUCUUCUAAAGUGAACUUUUCCAUUGGGUAUGAAAGCCAAAGUGGCAGAGAUACCUCAGAGGCCAUUCCACACAUUGUCCUGCAGUCAGAAUUAAGUUUGGAAGCCCGAAGAGUCUUGGCAGCAAAAGCACUUGCAGAUAUAAAUGAAUUUCUGGGAGAGGAUGAAGUGAAACAGAAGGUAGAGAUGUGGCAGAAAGAACUGAACUCCCGAGAUGGAGCGUGGGAUAAAAUCUGUACCGAGAGAGAUCCUUUUAUCCUCUGUAGCUUGAUGUGGUCCUGGAUAGAGCAGCUGAAAGAACCUAUUAUAUCCACAGAUGAUAUUGACAUGCUGGCAAAAAAAUGCACAGAAUCUCAGGAUGCUCUUUACUUACUGAGAAAGGAGCAAUGUCAGACUAUCCUUUGUAUUUUACACUGUGUGGUGAACUUGCAAAUGCUGCCAGCUGAUGUAGAGGAGGCCUUACUUGCUCGUGCUAUUAAAGCUUUCACUAAGAUCAGCUUCGAUUCUGCAAAUGGACCAUAUGUUUACCAUACCUUAAAAAAGGUAUUUAAACAAACAUUGGAAGAAAAAAGAAAAAAGCUCAAGGAAGGAACAGAGAAUCCCUCUUGAUUUCUGCACAGCCAUGCUGAAGAUUUAGAUGGGCCUACCAAUUUCUUUUGCAUUUUCCAGCUAUUUUGUGCUCUGUGGUAUGAUUUACCUUAAUUGAGGUAACAGCAGUUGUUAACAAAGCAUUUCAUUAUUUUAGUGGGAGUUUUAGUGACAGUUGCUCUAUCUACACAGCUUUAAAAAGCAGCCGCUGUGGGACCAUUUUGUAGCAGCUGGUUUAAGGUACUCUGCUUUUAUGUUGUGAACUGUUCUAUUGUAUUUAUUUAGAGGCUUCUGUCACUAGCAAGCAGCACCAUCUCCAACUUACACCAUUGCCAUAAGUUCAGUGCCAUGAUA